UAGAAGCAGAAGAAAAAAAUUACGUUGCACUUGAUGUGGCAAUGGCUGUGGAAUACAUCCAUUCCAAGAAUGUAAUACACCAGGACCUGAAGCCUGCAAACAUCCUGAUUGAAGGCAGCAGCAAAAAGGCCUAUCUUACCGACUGGGGUUUAGCCAAUGUUCGCGACUCAGUUUCGCUAAGGCAGGGGAGCAAAAUAUCUGGCCUUUUAAGUGGACCUCUUGGUGGUACUGCUAUUUACACAGCUCCUGAAUGUCUGCUAACCUAUCAACCUUGUUCUGUACAUUCAGACAUAUGGUCCAUCGGCAUAACAUUUUUAGAGCUGUACACAAACACUGUACCAUGGUCUGUAAAGACCUGUAAAGAGCUGUGCCAGUUAAUGUCAACAGAGGCAGCUCCAAAUGCUUUAAACAAAUUUGAUUCAUUGUGCACACAAUUAAUAUGUACAUGUUUAAAAUAUACACCAUCGGAAAGAAUUUCGGCCUCAAACCUAGUUCUUCUGUUAAAAUCAUUGGACAACACUGAUUUAAAAAAACAUUACGGAUACCAUUGGUAAUUACAAAAUGAAAUAUUUUAGAUGAUGACCUUUGUUUUAUUCAUCACCAAGAGGAAAAUAAAAUGUUUAGUUUUUCCUGUCAUUAAAA